AUGUCAGACAAUGCUUUGCGCCCCUCCACACCCCCAUCCCGCGCUUUUGACACAUCCGCACUGCAGGUAACGCCAGAACAUGUGAGGCAAAUUGAAAUAAACCGCUUGAAAGCGAAGGCGGUCCAACGACAGAAGGAACAGGAUGCAUCCUCCUCCUCGCUGGUUAACUCUAAUAACAAGCGACCAUUGCGUGUUACGCCUGCGGACCAGGGCUCCCCCACACAGCCUGUGGCAUCCUCAUCCAAACCGCUGAAGCGGGACUCCCGCCUGGGCACAUACUUUGAAUAUGAUCUCUCAAAGAUGGUCAACUCUAAAGGAGGGUUCUUGGUGGACGAGGGAAACAAAGCAGAUGAGGAUCUCAGACGGAAAGAAAAAGAGAGGGAACACCAGAGGAACGUACAUAAUUUGGAUAUGCCUAUGUUCCUUGAUCCUGCCUUGAAUCCCAAAUGCAGAGAAUGUCAAUCCAUGGAUAUAGAUCCAACCUUCCUGAAGGUCUUCAAAUGUUCCGUCUGCAGAACAUGUCAAAACGCGAAACCAGAAAAGUACAGUCUUUUGACAAAAACGGAGUGCAAGACGGAUUAUCUUCUGACUGAUCCCGAACUGCGUGACGAAGAAAUCAUGCCCCAUCUCCUGAAAGCGAACCCGCAUAAAUCAACCUACGCCAAUAUGAUGCUCUUUCUGCGAUAUCAGGUUGAAGAGUUUGCUUGGAAGAAAUGGGGGUCAGCAGAGGCUCUGGAUGUGGAAUACGAACGACGAACAGAAGAGAAGAAAAAGAAAAAGAACAAAAAAUUCGAACAAAGCUUGAAGGACCUACGCAAGCGAACAAAAGAAAGUAUAUGGCAAAAACGCAAAGACGAAGAACACCAGCACCAGUUUGGUCCUACAGAAGGGAUCAAGAAUGGCGUUGGAAAGCAAGUUUGUCACUCUUGCGGUUUCACGAUUGAAGUCGAGGAGUUUUAG